GUCGCUAAGGGUAUGGGGCAGCUGGGGCAGCCAGGCCCGCAGCUGGAGGACGAGGAGGAGCAGGAGGAGAAUGCCUAGAGGAACACGCGACUUAAAACAUGAGAUAUACUAUUGCUAUAUUGCUAGAUUGCUAGAUAAUACUCCGCCAUACUUGAAAAGAAGUUAGCUGUUGCUACAUUGCUACAUUGCUACAUGGCUCAUUGCAUGCCCCCUCCCCCCUCCCACCGAAUGAACACUUCGUCAACGCCCUUUGCUUACCAUUCAUCAUUGCAAAAAAAGAGCCCUCGAACCCGCAGGCGGUUAUAUAUCAACCCUAACGAGCUGUGUACCUUCAGCCACUUUGAUACUUAGUAGUAUCAAGUGAUUUUUUGGUGAGAUACGUGUGGCUGAACCAUCAGGUCAAAAAUCAAAAAUUUAUUUCUGAUUUCUGACCCACCGAUACUGUU